GUACGUAGGGAAGGGCACAGGUGAUGCACCUGUCUCAGGAAAGGAGCACUAGCACAGGUGUGUCAUAACUUCUCAGCCGCCUGUCUUAGAGCAUGAGCUCCUUUGAUCCACAAACACACUCUCCACCACACUGCAGUCCGCAAUUUCCAAAUAUUGGUCAAGAACCUCCAGAGAUGAGUAUCUACUAUGAGAACUUUUUCCAUCCACAGAACAUCCCUAGUCCACAGCGACCGAGCACCUUUGAGACAACGGAUUACAACACCACUCCUAAUCCUUACCUCUGGCUAAAUGGACCUUCCAUUACCCCACCACCGUAUCUCCCAGGAUCCAAUGCCAGUCCCUUCAUUCCUCAGUCUUACGGGAUGCAAAGGCAGCUCUUGCCUAACAUGCACGGCUUGGGAGGAACUGACCUUGGCUGGCUUCCUCUCCCAUCCCAAGAAGAGCUUAUGAAGUUGGUUAGACCACCUUACUCCUACUCUGCACUUAUUGCCAUGGCUAUCCAUGGAGCACCCGAAAAGAGGCUGACUCUCAGUCAGAUCUACCAGUAUGUGGCUGACAACUUCCCAUUUUAUAACAAAAGCAAAGCUGGCUGGCAGAACUCCAUACGGCACAACCUGUCUCUCAACGACUGCUUCAAGAAGGUGCCUCGAGAUGAAGACGAUCCAGGAAAAGGGAAUUACUGGACUCUGGACCCGAACUGUGAAAAGAUGUUUGACAAUGGAAACUUUCGCAGGAAGAGGAAAAGGAAGUCUGAUGUUGGGGCUAGUACUGCCACUCUUGUAUCUGAGAAAUCAGAGGAUAGUGCCCUGACUGGCAGCCCCAAAGCUGUAGAGCAUCAGGAUAUCUUGGAAAACUCAUCACCUGGGACUGACAGUUCACCUGAGAAAGGAUCUCCACCUCCAUCUUCCAGCAGCCCAUGCCUCAGUAACUUCCUCUCCACUAUGACUGCAUAUGUUAACGGCUCUAGCUCCGUGAGCCGCUCAGUGCCUUUGGGACUCAACUCUGAACCCAUUGACAAAAUGGGACAGAAUAUGGUAGGCUUUAAUUCCUACUCUCCACUCUCUAACAUCCCCAGUCAUGGUGUGGGAGAGUGGUCUAAUUCUAUGCCUUCUAGCCACCUUGGCUACAGCAACUCUGUGCUCAACCAGUUUAACACUCAUUUUUACAGCAGUAUCAGCACAAAUAACACUCUGUAUUCCAGGGAAGGAACAGAGGUUUAAAUGAAAGAUUCUAAGACACCAAAGUAUAGCUAUUUAUGAGAUUAAAUGAUCUGUGGGCAGAUGAUUAGCGUUAGCCUGUUGUCUCUGGGACCCACACUGCAUCCUACCUUCUGACAGCAACAAACUUGUUACCCAUUAUAUUCAUACAAAUCACAAACACUCGACGUUCGGCAGCUCCACAUAGAAAUCAGGGAUCCAUAACAGCAAGUGUAGUGAAGAGUUCUCUCUGAGACACUGCACUCGUAUUGCUGCCAACCAUGGUCCUCUACAGACAUCCUUAAGAAGUUACUUCAUGCCUUAGGUGUGAAGCUUUUUCUGGCACGGUACUAAUAUUGCUGUGCUUUUUAAAAGUUCUACUAGAAGUGUGGUUAUAUCUUUAAAUAUCCUCUCUUGCUGAUAUAAGCUGCCUGUACUAGACAUGCUUAGCAAGUUCUUAUUUGGCCAAAGCUAUUUUGAGACACUGAAGGAUCUAUAAUAAAAACUACUGUAUAGUGAUUAACAACCAACACUCGAAUGGUGAGUGCUGUCUUUGGUUUUCUCUCAUACUAGUGCAUACAUUGUCUAAAUUUUGAUCCCCUUUCAACCCCAAGAGGAAUAUGGCUGUGAAACAAGCCAGUAUCAUCAUGGACACAACAGUCAUUUUGAAGUGAAGGGAAGCAUAACAAAAUAGAAUGGAAUUGUCUUCUGCUGGUGCAGCUGGAUCUUCAUGUUUUCCAUUAUAAUGACAGGGUCAAUUUUUUUAUUUUUCCUUACACAUGCAAUCUAUUCACAUAAGGAAAACUGGAUCUGUCCUGAAUAUAUAUAUAUUUAAUACAUGUGUUUUCUAAGAACAAGACACAUUUGUUCUGUCUUAACCUUUUACAUGAAUCAUUACUACUGUACUGAGUAAAGAAUUUGAAUAGUGGCGGGGGGCGCACGGGGAAGAAGAAAGGGCAGGUAGAAAGUUUAAGUCCCUGUACUGUACUUUUUUUUUCUCAUUUUGUAAAAGUCCAUGCUGUUUGUCCUUCUGUAAAUAUUAGAAAUAAUGAUUAUUUUUUCUAAACUCUACUGUAGCCUCAAACAAAAUUUCAAAAUAUGUAUGACGUUUUUUCAAACCAAGACUUGAAUCACAUUCCACAUUUAUGUAGAGUAAUAUCUCAAACUGGAUAACCUGCAGCAUACAUAGACAAGAAGCUUUAACUGUUCACAUAUGGGCCCUGACCAGACUUUUGGAAUAAUAGAAA